CGCUGGUGAGAAGCAGGGCCUGUCCACCACGCCUGUCCGCAUCGAUUGCGCCGCAUGCGAUGCAGCAGCAAAAUCAUGACCUAACUCCGAGGCGGCGCAUUGAUUUGUUCCUCCUCCUGCCCUCUCUGGUCCUCGUCCUCCUGCCCUCACCCACAGCAUCAGUACACUCCGUCAGCCGCACUACUACACCCUUCCCUCUACCCCAUCUCUUCAUCCCAACAGGCGGCGAGUCCCGCGUAGGGACUCGAGCAGCCAACCCCUUCGGCACUCUCUUUCCCGUGCCUGCGUCGACCGCUGCUGCCAGCAGGAUGCCUGUGCCAAGAGCGUCGUCGUCGAGUGAGCCUGGGUCGCCCUCAAGGGAGAGCUUGGCGAGUGAUGGUCCUGGGAAUGAGGCUCUUUCCCCCUCGAGUGCGGGCAACCAGAAUGAGGGCGACACCGGCGGCCCGCCCAAGAAAGGUCCCAUCGGCCGGCUCAUCCGUCGCCUGCUGACCUUCUACCUCACUCUGCUCUUGUCGGUGCAACGCGCCUUCAUGCAGCUGAACGAGCAGGUCUCUUCCCUGAUCCUUCGCGUCUUCCCUUUCCUGAGCCGCUUCAAGCUCGCCGGCCGCCCGUAUGUGGGCGCAUUCGCCCGAUCGCUGGCGAUGUUUGGCGUGCUGAUGCUGGUGAGGCGCCGGUGGGUGGGGAAGGGCGGCCGGCUGGCCGACGCGGGCUUCUCGUAUUUCCUGAGGCUGCUGCAGUCUGGGAAGCUGGAGGAGGUGGUGAUCCGGGAGGACUCGGUGCUUUAUCUGUCCGAGGGCAGGGCGUUCCGGUCGCCGAUAAUCCCGACCUAUGUGACGGGCUGGCUGCUGUCCACUCUGACUAUGAAGAACGUGCCCUUCCAGUUCAAACCACACUCGGCCGUUAAGUGAGUGAGCCUAUAUAGCCUCUCAGUACCUACGGGAAGGGAAGGUCAGAUGAGCGCAUGUGUGUGUGUCUGUGUGUGUGUGUGUGUGUGUGUGGAUGUGUCACUCCCUCAGGGAUUUGUUGACGAUGAUUCUGGUGUCGUGGGCGCCGGUGUUGCUGCUGCUUGCGUACAUGAAGAACAUGCUGGGCAAAGACGAGGACGUCGGUACGUCAGUCAAUGCAAUGCACCACACCAAUCAAUCAGCGCGCCAAAUGGAGGGAGGAGCACAUCUUGGUAUUCGUUCCUUUGUAUGUCUGUAUGUCUGUGUGUCUGUAUGUGUGUGUGCAGGCAACGAGGCUGACACCAGCCGACUUGGCCAGAUAUCCUUCGCUGAUGUGGCUGGGUGAGAUGAUAUGACUGACGCACACACACACUCUCUGGCACACGUAUACGUGACGCGAGGUGACGUGGAGUGUCCGUAAGGUCCGGUCGGUCCGCAUGAUGACUUAGUAAAAGGUUUGACCUGCUCUUCUCUUCUGUCUGUCCACCCACUGGCCAACGCCAUCCACCCACUCGCACCACACGCCUUUUUUUCUCUUCUCUGCCCACCCCCACGCCCCACACACACUUAUCUAUCUUUUGUCCACCACACAACACAUGUUGCUGGCUGGCCAUGUGUGUGUGUGGAUAAGCAGUGGUCUCGUAGGCGAGCUCUUUGCGCCAGCACAGCAGAGAGACAGAACAGGGGACCCACACAGAGGCGAGGCAGGCUGCAUACAUAAUGCGCCAUGCCAUGCAUGUGUGGGGGAGGGGGUGGCGCAUGGAGUGAGUGACGGCCUGUGUCCGCGGGCAGAGCUGAGGGAAGGAAGGGUGUGUGGUGGGGCGGGUGGUGGGUGGACAGAGAGGUGGGGCAGGGAAGGAGAACAGAAGCGACACUGAAACGGACUGACCGCUGUCUUGUCUUAUGCUGCAUGCGUGGAGUGCUGGCUUGAUGCACUGAUCACCCUCUCCCUCUCUCUGUGUGUGUGUGUGUGUGUGUGGUUUAGGAUGGACCGGUCCAAGCGCGAGGUGCAGGAGAUCGUCGAGAUGCUCCGCACCCCCCAGCAGUACACCACCAUGGGCGCCAGGCUGCCCCGGGGCGUCCUGCUCGUCGGCCCGCCAGGCACCGGCAAGACCAUGCUUGCAAGGGCACUCGCCGCAGAGGCAGGGGUGCCCUUCCUCUACGCCAGCGGUAUGUAAGCUGACAAGACAGACAGAUCGGCUGGAAACACAUACAUGAUUAUGCAGGGUCUGACUUUGUUGAGGUCUUCGUCGGUCGUGGCGCGAGCCGCGUGCGAGAGCUCUUCAGGAAGGCCAAGGACGAUGCGCCCUGCAUCAUCUUCAUCGACGAGAUCGACACUCUCGGCAAGAGGAGGCCGGGAGAGACUGACUGGGGGUGAGUGGAAGAGAAACGCACUCCAUACCAUUAUUAUCAUGAUCGGCUGAUGUCCGGUGCGUGUGUGCGUGUGUGUGUGCAUCAGGCUCGACGGCCGCGAGAGCGUGAAUCAGGAGUACACACAGACGCUCAAUGCGCUGCUCGCCUGCAUGGAUGGACUGGUCAGUUGCCAGGGCAGGGCAGGCAGUGUCAGUCACACUGUCGGCCUCUCGUAUCAUGGCGCCGUCUCUCCGUACCAUACACAUACGUAUGUGUGUGUGUGUGUGUGUGUGUCAGGAUCGCGACGAUUCCGAGUCGCCGAAGCCCAUAGUGGUGAUUGGCGCCACCAACAGAUACGGAGUCCUCGACGAGGCUCUCACCAGGCCGGGGAGGUACGCUACGCUCGUGGGCACACACCAUGAUACCACAACACACCGCCCAUCAGGCACAUGGGCAUUCGUGCAGAAAGAGAUCGCACCUUCACUCUGUGUAUGUGUGUGGGUGUAGGUUCGACCGCAUUGUCCGCCUGGACUUGCCUGACAAUGACGGCCGGCUGGCCAUUCUCAAAGUCUACGCAAGGUCAGCCACACAGCCAGCCAGCCAGCCAGCCAAAUGAAAGACUCACCACACGUGUCAUCCAUCUCUGGUCGGUGUCUUGUGUGUGUGUUGGUCGGCCUCCCAAAUGCACUGAUUGCGUCCAGGCGUCUGGUUUUGAAUGCCCGUGUCGACUUGCGUCGCAUCGCAGAGCUGACAAAGGGCCUCAGCGGUGCAGAGCUGGAGGCCAUCGUCAACGAGGCCGCCAUCAGGGCCGUCAGAAAGAAGAAAAAACAGGUGAAUACCAAACAACCACACAUGCCUCCUCCCAUCCCCCUCUCUCUCUGUGUGUGUGUCCAUCGGCAGGUGGGUCAGAUGGAAUUUGAGGAGGCCGUCCUGAGCGUCAUUUCACGCAAGGGCGGACUCUCGCUGUCGGCCGCCGUCGGCAUGCGAUCCGGCCUCGAGCAGCUCACUAAAUUCCUCUCACCGAAGCAGCAACAACAACCAGGCUCUCUGCCGGCGUCGGACAAGCCAUCGCACUCGCCUUCGUCGUCGACUGAGCUGACCAGCCCGCCAACAACGUUCCCCCCCAGCAGCAGCACAGAGGAGAAGAUGCCGCCACGGGCGGCAGGGAGCUUGCUGUAGAGAGAGUGAGCGAGCGGGGUUGUGUUGUGUGGGGGUGUUUGGAAAGGGGAUGGGGUCAUCGAUGGGUAGAGAGUUUGCGGUGGAUUGAGGAAGGCAGGAAGGCAAGGCCCACAUGUGGGUGUACAAUGAAUGCAAUGCAUGGGCUGUGGGAGAGAGCGUGGCAUGAGGUGGCCCGUGGACAAGGGAGUGGACAUACCUACCAUACGGCACGGCAAGAGAAUGACUGUUUAUUCAUUGAGUGUCGUUGUCUCCUCCUUUCUAUCGCAUUGAUUGAUUGAUCUG